AUUUUCAACUAGGAAAUUUAAGGUUGUUCUCAUCCCUAUUAAUCAAAACACAUCACUCAUUCCAUAAAAUAUACUAUACAUCUCCCAUGGUCCUCAACUUUCAUUCUAGAUUGGUUGUUCUGGCAGCCCUUUUCCUGUUGGGGGCAUGGGAAUCUCUAUCCGCUGCACCCACCCUUGAAGAGACUUCCUUUAUCUUGCGUCACGAGAGGUGGAUGUCUCUCCAUGGGCGCUCAUACAAAAAUGAAACUGAGAAAUCAAAACGGUUCACAAUAUUCAAAGAAAACGUGAAAUUUAUUGAGAAAUUCAAUAAAGUUAGCGGCCGAUCUUUCAAACUUGGCACCAAUAAAUUUACUGAUCUAACUAAAGAAGAGUUUCGAGCCACCUUGUUGAAUGAAGAGAAGUCAACGCCGUACCCAAAGACUUCAAAACCAACAUCCUUUGUGAACGAGAGUUUGGCUGAAGUUCCAGAGUCUUUGGAUUGGAGAGAGCAGGGUGCUGUGACUAAUAUCAGUGUCCAAGGAAAGUGCGAUAGCGCGUGGGCGUUUGCGGUAGUGGCAGCGGUGGAAGGAAUAACGAAAAUAAAAACAGGCCAAUUAAUUUCCUUAUCCGAACAGCAACUCAUCGACUGCGACUUCAACAAUGGCGGCUGCAGCGGCGGAAACAGAACGGAGGCCUUCCAAUUCAUAAAGGAUAGCGGCGGCCUCAUGGCGGAGUCCGACUACCCGUACGAGGGUGUCGAGGCAAGUUGCAACACGCAAACCCUUAGCAACCCAGCUGCCACCAUUACAGGCUACCAAGAGGUGGAAGCCACCGAAUCGGCUCUCCUUGCGGCCGUCACAAACCAGCCUGUCUCCGUCGGAAUCGAUCUCGGCCAGUUGGGACUAUUCCAGCACUACGCCACCGGAAUUUUCGACGGCGACUGCGGGUCUGGAUACCGCCAUGAUAUGACGAUCAUUGGGUACGGGACUAGCGAUGAAUAUGGAAUAGAUUAUUGGUUGGUGAAGAAUUCAUGGGGAAUCAGUUGGGGUGAGAGUGGUUAUAUGAAGAUGGCCAGAGGAAUCAAUGCACAAGGAGUUUGUAACCUUAACACCAGAGCUUCUUACCCCAUUGCUUAAAGUUAUAAAAUUUAGUCUAUAAGUAUUGAAUCAUUUCCAAUUGU